CCACUCAGUCCACUCCGGUCUCCCCCAACUUCUCUCCUUUCCACCAACUCAAAUCAUCCAAAAUGCCCGCACCCGUCCUUCCACCGCGCACACUGUACGAUAAGAUUUGGGACGACCAUGUUGUCGACGUGCAAGAAGACGGCACGACUCUGCUGUAUAUUGAUAGACACCUGGUGCACGAAGUGACGAGCCCCCAGGCUUUUGAGGGCCUAGAGAAGGCCGGCAGAAAAGUCAGGCGGCCAGACUGCACGCUGGCUACCGUGGACCACAACGUCCCGACCACCUCUCGGAAAACGUUCAAGUCUAUUAAAACAUUUGUUGAGGAACCCGACUCCCGUGGACAGUGCGAAGCGCUUGAGGAGAACGUCAAAAAGUUUGGCCUGACCUAUUUCGGUCUCGCUGACCGCCGUCAGGGUAUUGUCCAUGUUAUCGGGCCCGAAGAGGGCUUCACGCUCCCUGGCAUUACUUGCGUCUGUGGUGACUCUCACACCGCUACUCAUGGUGCCUUUGGCGCUCUGGCUUUCGGUAUCGGCACCUCCGAGGUCGAACAUGUCCUGGCGACGGAGACAAUUCUCCAAAGAAAAGCCAAGAAUAUGCGCAUUACGGUCGAUGGCGAGCUCCACGAAGGUGUCACGGCAAAAGACGUCAUUCUCUACAUCAUUGGUCUGAUCGGCACUGCCGGCGGUACUGGCUGUUGCAUCGAAUAUGCCGGAAGCGUCUUCCGCAACUUCUCUAUGGAGUCCCGUAUGAGCGUCUGCAAUAUGUCCAUUGAAGCUGGUGCUCGGGCUGGAAUGAUUGCCCCCGACCAGGUCACCUUCGAUUACCUGAAGAACCGCCCGCUCUCGCCAAAGGGCGAAGAGUGGGACCGCGCCGUCGCAUACUGGAAGACGCUCCCUACCGACGAGGGCGCUAAGUUCGACAUCGAAAUCAACAUCCGGGCAGAGGACAUCGUCCCCACUGUCAGCUGGGGCACUUCUCCCCAGGAUGUCGUCCCGAUUACCGGCACCGUCCCCGACCCCGCCAACUUCACCGAUCCGAUGAAGCAGAACGGUAUCUCCAGGUCGCUCAAGUACAUGGCACUUCAGCCUGGCACGCUCAUGGAGGACAUCAAGGUGGACAAGGUGUUCAUCGGUUCGUGCACCAACAGCCGUAUCGAGGAUCUGCGUUCCGCCGCCAAGGUUGUGCUAGCCGUGAAGGACGCCAAGGUGGCCGACACAGUCAACGCGAUGAUCGUCCCCGGUUCGGGGCUCGUGAAGCAGCAAGCUGAGGCAGAAGGCCUGGACGUCAUCUUCAAGCGGGCAGGCUUCGACUGGCGCGAGGCAGGCUGCUCGAUGUGUCUCGGUAUGAACCCCGAUCAGCUCAAGCCGGGCGAGCGCUGCGCGUCUACGAGUAACCGGAACUUCGAGGGUCGUCAAGGUCCCGGUGGGCGCACUCACCUGUGUAGUCCCGCUAUGGCUACCGCUGCUGCCAUCACUGGACAUCUUACCGAUGUUCGCAAACUCAUGGGCGGCGCGAGCACUACCGGCGUCACCUCCGUCGAGCAGAUCAAGCAGACAAACUCGAAGGACUAUCUCACCGACCCUGUACUCCCCCCUCCUGCCCCACAACCGGAGACGGUGCACCACAACACUGUGCCCAGCGGCACCCCGGCUGUGCACGAAUCGAAAGUUCACAAGUUCACCGUUCUGACUGGGAUCACCGCGCCCCUGCAUAUGCCCAAUGUCGACACGGACAUGAUCAUCCCUAAGCAGUUCCUGAAGACGAUCAAGCGGACGGGCCUGGGCAAUGCUCUGUUUCAUACGCUGCGAAAGGACCCGGCGACGGGCAAGGAGACCGACUUCGUGCUUAACAAGGCGCCGUAUGAUAAGGCUGUGAUUAUGGUUUGUGACGGCCCGAACUUCGGCUGUGGCUCGUCCCGUGAGCACGCCGCGUGGUCUCUGAUGGACUUUGGUAUUCAUGCGGUUAUCGCCCCGAGCUUCGGUGACAUCUUCCGGUCCAACUCGCUACAAAACGGCCUUCUCCCAGUGCAGCUGUCACAAGAAGAGUGCAGCCAGCUGUGCGCCGACGUCGAGGCUGGCGGUCAGCUCGAGGUCGACCUGGAGAAGCAGGAGGUGCGCCGGCCCGGAGGCAAGGGCGCGUUCCACUUUGAUGUCGACCCCUUCCGGCGCUACUGUCUCCUGAACGGACUGGACGAUAUCGGGCUGACUAUGCAGAAGGCGGACAAGAUCGAGCAGUUUGAGGAGAGGAGGAGUGAGGCUUGGCCCUGGCUUGAUGGGUUUGGGUAUGUGAAGAGUGGUGGAAGGGUGGAUGCUGCCUCCAAAGGUGGGAAGAAGAUGGAUUGGUAAGGACGUGUUUGUGUAUGGGAAUAGAAAGUGUAUGGUAACGGAGAGAGAAAUGAA